AUGCGGGCCUUUGCGGUCCUGCUUUGCACAUGGCUGCCGGUACUGGCCUACGCAACUUCUUAUCCAUACAGUUGGUCGAUCGGUGACGUCACACUCACUUGUGAACUCGGAAAUCCAGGAUGGAAACUAGCUGGCACGUCGUGUUUUUAUCCAUUUCUUACACGAAAUCAAUCAUGGUAUGAUGCCAAUCAGAUGUGCAGAAAUUACAUAUUUGGUCACAGUUACGGGACAACACUUCAGGGAUGGUUAAUCGCACGAUCUCUAUUGAAGCUACUACCACCAGGUAUUUAUUGGACAGGUUUGAGUACAUCAGAAAAUCGGAACAAGCUGAAAAUUAUCUGGAAACUUAUCGAAACCUCUAUCUACAACCCUAUAUGGGCCACCGAUGAACCACAUUGGUCUGUAGAUCCUUUUGGCAAAUGUGUAGCACUGGAUCUUCGCUCAGAAGCAAGUGUAGGUUGGCGUUUGCUCAACUGUACUGAGCGAUUACCAGCGUUGUGUGAAACAUUCGCCUGUAUGGGAGAUGAGUUUCGAUGCCUUGACAAUAGUCGCUGUAUCCCGAGAAAUGCCGUUCGCGAUGGUAUCAUCGACUGUGGCGACGAGUCGGACGAAAGAGCACCACCCAUGGCUGUGGGAAACAAAAAUGUGGGCGGGACGAGUGGUCCGAAAUUCUCGGUUAUCUCUCGCAAUGAUUGCCAAAAUGUUAUCGUGGAUCUACCCGAAGGGAUGAUCACUUCUCCGAACUAUCCAGGAAACUACUCCGAAAGAACUUUUUGCCGGUGGGAUAUCCGUGCUCAACCUGGUCAGAUUCUCAUAAUCAAUGUGGAAGAUAUACUUAUGGCGCCCGGCGACACACUUAUACUGGAAGGAAACAAUGAAAGCGACAAGUUCGCCUUGAAAAGUGGCAACUAUCCAUUUUCAUACAUCUCAAAAUCGAGCAGGAUUCAACUGAGAUUCGUUAGCGGCGCAAAUGGCAUUGGCAGAGGGUUUUUGCUGCGUUAUUACAGCAGAAAAUCCGCGGACGUUUGUCGUAUGACCGCCAACAAUGUCACUUACGAGUCAUGGCGAGACAAUUAUGAUUGCGUUUAUACUUUACAUAGUCCUGAUCAAACUUCGGCGAUAGUCCUAGAGAUCUACCCGUCGUCAAUUGGAGAACGCGCCAUGAUCACGUUCCUCUUCGACAAGUCGGUCCACAGUUUGAAAGACCUUCGGACUACACAAAUUCUCGUGAUUCCGUCGAAUACCGUUCGAGUCCAAGUUCGAAAUGCAUGGAUCUCGAAGCGCUAUACUGCCUUUUCUGUUCUGUUUUUGGCAGAGCCACUGAAGUUACCGUUGAAUCUCAGUGGAUUCACUUUCGACUGGUACCCGACAGAUGAUCGCCAGUGCAUUUCGCAUACACUGAGACUCGUCGUUCAAUCGAGCACAAAGUUCCUACCGCACACGUUGACCAUGGAUGGACGACUAUCCACAGAUGAUGCUAUUACGGUGAUCAAGGACGGCACCGUUACUCAUUUGAGUUCGACUAUUCGUAAUUUUCGAAUGCAAAACCUACUUAGACCGCUUCACAUUCUGAUCACAAAGCGAAGCACGGACUUUCAAUUAUCACUGAAAUUCUCUCGGGACUGUCCAUCCCCACGAGAACCACAAGGAGUCCGUGUAUUGUCGCCCUCAGGCCGACAUCUGGGCAGUAUUAUUCGGUUCUCUUGUGUCGACCAUCACGCACAACCUGUAGGAGCUCUGACAGCUGAAUGUCUCACGGGAGGUGCAUGGUCAUCUGAACCGCCCGUUUGUCGAGAAACCAUAACGGUUUUCUGCCCCCUUCCUCUUAUUCGUGGUGGCUAUCCUUUGGAAGUGCGCUCAUCUUGCGAGGACAAUGUCUACUGUGAUGGGGCUGUCCUACGGUACGGAUGUGAUUUUGGCCGAUUACCAGGGACCAUAUCGACAACCACCUGCACAAAUGGACGAUGGGCUCCUGCACCCUUCUGCACAAAUGCUACUUGCUCAGGCACAGAGAUACAUUACCUGAAUGCGACCCUUAUUGGGGACCCUCCACCGAAACCACUUAUUCAUGCUAAUUACCGUCCUCCUGAUUGGUCGUUGACUACAUAUCCAUUCCGAGUAUGCGCCAUGAAUGAGUUCAAAGAUUCGUAUCAUUGGGUUGAUUACAACUUCGCAUUUAACGCUCCAAUUUGUCGAUCAUAUCCGCUGGAAUAUGGCCAUUUUGAAAGACCCUUUUAUCAAAACAAUGAAACAGCCACAGUAAUCUGUUUGGAUGGCUUUACUGUGGACGAGCUGCCCCGUUGUUUAGCAGGAAACUGGACGUCUUACAAUACUACUUGCAGAGAAAGCCCGAUUCCUGCUGAUGCAUGCCAAAACGGCCGUGUUGUCGAACUCAAUCCUGGUUACACUUGUGAAUGCAAUUCGGGAUUCGAAUUGCAUUUCACGGGCAGUAUUUUUACUUGUGAAGACAUUGAUGAAUGCCUGCGUAACUUUCAUCUGUGCGAUCCGGAUGCGUUCUGUUUGAAUCGGAACGGUGGCUACACUUGCGAAUGCAGUUCUGGCAAGGAACUCUACGUUGGAGAGCUACAAGAAGGCCAACAUCACCUCAUCCCAAAUAUCUCAUGUAUUUGGACGUUAUGUGAAUUCGACAGUCAUCUUUUCCAAAAACACUGGAUUGCUGUCGAUCAAAAGCGACAUUACAGACACAACGAGUCGAUAAGAGUUCUCUGUGAGGCUGGCCCCGAGAUUUAUGCGGAAUUCGAGGCCAAAUAAACCUGCCCAAAGAAUCUGCACGACCCAGACAUCACAUCCGGCUCAGGUCAAGCUUCGUUGCUGGAGCAUCUAACGGUUUCAUGCAACGACCCGAAUAAGGCAAUGAUAGGAUCUGAAGAAAUUGUUUGUGGCCGUGGUGGACGAUGGUUGUCUAGGCCAGUUUGUCGAGAUCUUCACUGUCCAAAUCUCGAGAGCCUACUUUCGCCUUGGCUGGCUGUUACGUACAGUGAUGAGCAGGACAAAAACCGUAUCGGAACAUGGGUAUCCUUCCGAUGUCGUAAUGGUUCUCUCCAAGGACCACGUACAAUUGAGUGUAAAAAAGACGGAAAGUACAGUGCGAAAUGGUCAAAAGAGCCACCUACAUGUGUAAUUGCUAACAACGACACUCACAUUCAAGUAUCAUCGAGUAUCACCUACGAAGUGGGCAAGAUACAAUUCAACAUGGAUCAGCACUGCUCGCGAUUCAACGUACUCGUAAGUAUAAUCCCAUUUUUGAAAGGUUUCCUUACGAAGUCGUUCGAGUGA